AUGGCUUACAGUAUGAAGAGUCAAUGCUGCAAGCUUGAACUAAGCCUUCAGGCCCAAAGAGAGGCUCCCGGCGUGGUAGGUGCACAGGUUCCUGAGGAGGAAGCCACCUCCUCCUUUCUCUCUCCUUUGAGCCAGAGCACCCCAGAGGUGGUGCCUGCUGGUGGAACACCAAGUGUUCCCCAGGGUGCCUGCUCCUCCCCCACUGCCAUCACAGCCAGUCCAGUGAGUCAAUCUGAUGAGAGUUCUAGAAGCCAAGAAGAGGAGGGGCCCAGCACCUCACAGGCUCCACCAGAUCCUGAGUCCUUGCUCACCGACGAUGUGCUCCACAAGAAGGUGGCUGAAUUGGUGCAGUUCCUGAGUGUCAAGUAUAUAACAAAAGAGCCCAUCACCAUGGCAGAAAUGCUGAAGAAUGUCAUCAAGGAGCACGAGGAACACUUCCCUGUGAUCUUCGAGAAAGUCUGUGAGUGCAUGGAGGUUGUCUUUGGCAUUGAAGUGAAGGAAGUGGACCCCCCCAGCCAUUCCUAUGUGCUCGUCAAAAUGCUAGACCUCACCUACGAUGGGAUGCUGAGUGAUGACCAGGGUAUGCCCAAGACCGGCCUCUUGAUACUUAUCCUGGGCGUAAUCUUCAUGGAGGGUAACCGUGCCCCUGAGGAGAAAAUCUGGGAGGUGCUGAAAGUGAUGGGAGUGUUUGCUGGGAAGAAGGACUUCAUCUAUGGGGAGCCCAGGAAGCUCAUCACUGAAGAUUUAGUGCAGGAGAAUUACCUGGUGUACCAGCAGGUACCCAACAGUGAUCCUCCACGCUACGAGUUCCUGUGGGGUCCAAGAGCCCACGCUGAAACCAGCAAGAUGAAAAUCCUGAAGUUUUUCACCAAGAUCACUGGGUCUGAUCCCACUUCCUUCCCAUACUGGUAUGAGGAGGCUCUGAGAGAUGAGAGAGAGCGAGCCCAGGCCAGAGCUGCUGUGGAUGAUACUACUGCCACGGCCAGGGAAAGUUCCAGUGUCACGUCCAGCAGCGUCUCCUGCCCUGAGUGA